CCGCGGCCUCCGCCAAUGGGGAGCGGGUAUAUUGGCAGGCGCUGCGAGGGCAGAAGCGCUGCUGGCAGCCGGUGCUGGAGAGGAGCGCGGCGGGGACAGGCGACCCCGGCCGGCAUGGGCAGCAGCGAGAGCACCCAUGGCGGCAGGAGGGUCUCCUUCGGGCUGGAUGAGCGGCAGCAAGUCCAAGUGCUGCAGGGCAUCAGGCUCACUGACGAUGUAGUGAGACGGAUGAAAGAAUCCUCUUCAAAGGACACCCAGAAAUCRCCCCGUGCAUCCGAUGGCACAGCUCCAUCUCCACUGGCUGCAUCAGGGAAACCCAGACCUACAGGAAUUCAGCCACCAAAGGCAAGUGACUCUGCUGGAGAACAGGARCUCUACAGGAGGUAUGAGCAAGAACAGGCAUUGGUCCAUGAGGAGUUGAUCCAGCUGGCCAGAAGAGAAAGGGAAGCAGCCAGUGAGGCCAAGGAAAGGAAYAACAUUAAUGAGAAGAGGCAGAAAACAGCCCAGGUACCUGUGGAUUUGGACGCCUGGGCUAAUGAGCUGGAGGUCAGGGAGGCAGAGUUGAAGCUACAAGAGGCUUUCUAUACAGAGCAGUUGGCCCGCAUUGAGAAGAAGAAUGCAGAGAUCUACAAGCUGACAUCCGAGCAGUACCACGAGGCAGUCUCCAAGGCAGAGGAGCGGAUAAAGAAGAAGAACACUGAUCCUAUCUGUGCAAGCCUGCAGUAUGAAAUUCUGAGAUGCUACAGAGAAAACCAACAUGAAGUGCUCAAAUGCUCGGAGCUGGCAAAGGAAUAUCAGCGUUGUGUUAGUUCAGCUCAGAAGGACCUGUUAGUUAAUUCUGGAUAAACAUCAUUCGCCAAAGAGCAGAGGAUAAGGACCACAGACGCCCUUGGAAGCCCCAGCAUCCUUCUGGACAGACACUGACCUAAACCAGUGCCUUCUGCCCUCCAUGACCCAAGACAAUACAACAUGAUUCCUCUUCUAACUGCCUGCAUGUGUCAGUCUCGGUGGACAUUCCUGGAGCUGGGAGAAGGGUCGCAGGAGAGGGGGAUGCUAUAGUUUCUUUUUAUGGUUUUGCAAUGUAAAGAAUUAUGUUGACCCCAAGUGCUUCCAGCACAGUUUGGGGUCUUGCCUGACAUGAGCCUGGUUUCACCCUGUUGUAGCCCUGAUUUCACCAACUUAGGUCUGAGUUUCGAGAGCUGUUGCCUCUGUUUGUUUGCUCUGGGGAAAGGGGUCUGAAGUUUUUGGAAGUAACCCUGACUAGCUUGUUAGGAUUAACUGUUCCUAGCAUGCUGCCAUUGGUUACACCAGUGGGUGGAUUCCUUCCCUCCCAAGGUUCCCUCCCAAACAAUAAAGUGUCUAACGGUCACUGUGUGCUGAGAUACUUUCAGUCCCAUGAGUUUGUAAACUGCUGUUUUCUGCCUAUUGCUGAUGCCAACAAAAACUCCAAAUGAGCGUGAGGAAUAGAAAUAUUUCAAGUCACGGUUUAUAAAUCACAAAACUUGUUCAUUUUGGUCCCAGGAUGACUGGCUUAUUUGAAAGUACUUGGUACAAAGUCCUGGCUGAAGGGAGYUGGUGGUGGGGAAUCUUACAGGAAAACCUUUGCCUGCUGGAUGCAGAGCCCAAGUUAUAUUACUUUUCACCAGUUUGCAGUUCCUGCUUUGUCUGCUGUAAACCACCAUCCUUUUCAGCCUUGUGCUCUAUGUUGAGCCCUCUCCUUGAAGCAUGGAGGAAGAUGGGUGCCUCUGCAGUGUUACCCUCCCAGAGGUAGGUGUGGCAGAGUUGCAAAAUGCGUGCCAGUAACCCAGGGGAGCAGGUCUAGUUUGGUAACUUGAUUUCCUUUCUCUGGGUAGAGCUUCUAUGGCAACAUUAGCUGCCUCUGUCCUCUCUGACUGCAUCUGACAGUUUUUGAAGAAUGUGAACAUGGAUUUUUGGAGGUCGUGUCAGAGUUUAAAUGCAGUGUUUAUGAAAAUGGAUGAAGGGGGCUGAGAAUUGUUUUCUGUGUUAUAUUCUGCUUCGUCUCUUUUUUCUUUAGACAGCAACUUAGUGCUUUACAUCUUCAUUAAAGCAACAAAAUGCCUUUCCUUCUUGUUGAGGGCUGAUGCCACAACACUUUUCAUCCUCAGAAAUGAUGUUUGCGUACCUCGUGGCUUAUCUCUGUUAGUCUCAGAUCUUGCAAAAAUUCCAGCUCUKCGUCUUUGUGUAGGUCAAAUUUGCUGUCCCCAAGGGAGGAAGAGCAGGUUUUCCAAAACCAACUAGGACCCUUAGUGCCCUCAAAUCUGUUAGAGCAGGAUCAGGUGGGCUUUUGCUGCUGUGGCCAUGCCAGUUUUUGGAUUUUCUUUGGGAUAACCACAGAAUUUUUGACUCUGAAGGCAGAGAUACAGMGCACCAAGGUCUAUCCCUGAGCAGGGAUAUUGGAAUUACUGUUGGUCUGAAGAGAGAAGUGUGUAUUUUGUUGCUCCCUCAUUUUCCUCUUGCCCCUGUCCAGCAUUGCCUUGGCAUGAGUAAUUUGCAUGUCAUUAUUUCAGCUGCCCUAAAUUGGGGGGGGGACUGUGAUGCCAGGGCUGAUUAUUUGGCGGCACUGGGCAAUUUUCUCUGUUAGGCAACUGUAAUACAUUUUCAUGUUCUUUURUAAUGAGCUUUAUUUACCAAAUUGGCAAUUCCUCUGUUGAGAAAUAACUGAUUACAGCAUUCAGGGAGUUGCUGUCAUCUCAAGAUACGCAGGUGUCUGUGGAACAUAAACAGAUGUGAUCAUUCAGACAGUGAACUCGAUGGAGGGUAGGGGGGAAAAAUCAGCCAUAAAAUCAUAAAUGUAACAGCUACAGCUAAUGCUGGCCAGGUGCAUUGCGGCUUUUUGCAGCCCAACAAGGACAAAGUGGUACUUGAAGGCCAUCCAGUACCUCCAGAUGAGGGACUGCUGGAUUGUUAGCUGAAAAUGYACCUCUUGCCUGUCAUUGCACUUUGAUUCUGCCUUGCCUAACUCUGUC